AUGCUGCUGCCGCUGCUGCUGGUCGGGCUUCUGCUGCCCGCGGCGCUGGGGGCCGCUCCGGGGGUCGGGGCGCUUCGGGAGCUGGACGCCGGCCUGGACCCUGCGGCCCUGGAGGCGGCUCGCUUCGCCCUGGAGAGCUACAGCCGGGCAGCGGAGCAGCGCGGGGGGCCGGCCCGGCUGGGGGCCAUCCGGCGGGCGCAGGCCCAGGUGGUGAAUGGGAUCAAGUACUAUCUGGAUGUGACCCUGCUGAAGUCAUCGUGCGGCCAGCAUGGAUUCACAAACCAGGAUGUUGCCAUCUGUGAAAAUUCAGUGGAGCCGGAACAAAUAUCUUGUCACUUUGAGGUCUGGAGUCAGCCAUGGAUGAACAGACAGAAGCUGGUGAAGCAGGAGUGUCGUCCAGCUGAGCCAUCAGAGAAGGUCCAAAGUGUGGCACUCCUGGAGCCAGAGGAGCCAGCUCAUGCCAAGACACCAGAAGAGCCAGUUCACUUAGAGGCCCUUUCCCAGAAUGCAUCCGUCCAGCUGAUCUCGCUGUUCAAAGACUUCCUGACCACCUACAAGAAGAGCUACAAGGAUGAAAGAGAGACUGAGAGGCGUUUGCAGAUCUUCGCGGAGAACCUGGAAAAGGCUCGGACGAUCCAGGAGCUGGACCAGGGCACGGCCGAGUACGGAGUCACCAAGUUCAGCGACCUGACGGAGGAGGAAUUUCGCUCCCUGUACCUGAAUCCGCUGCUGGCUAAACUCCCGGUCCGGCCCAUGAAACCGGCUGUCAUCCCCCGCGACCCGCCUCCUGCCGAAUGGGACUGGCGGGAGCAUGGAGCUGUCACGGAAGUCAAGGACCAGGGUAUGUGUGGCUCCUGCUGGGCUUUCUCUGUCACUGGCAACGUGGAAGGACAGUGGUUCCUGCGCCGGGGGUCUCUUGUCUCACUGUCGGAGCAGGAGCUGGUGGACUGCGAUGGACUGGACCAUGCCUGCGGAGGGGGGCUGCCUUCCAAUGCGUAUGAGGCCAUUGAGCGGCUAGGCGGCCUAGAGACAGAGGGUGAUUAUAGCUACGAGGGCCACAAGCAGCGCUGCAGCUUCUCCACCACCAAGGUGGCCGUCUACAUCAACAGCUCUGUGGAGAUCUCCCGGGACGAGACCGAGAUCGCGGCGUGGCUGGCGAAGAACGGACCCAUCUCCAUCGCACUCAAUGCUUUCGCCAUGCAGUUCUACAGGAGGGGAGUCUCCCACCCCUUCAGGCUCCUUUGCAACCCCUGGAUGAUUGAUCACGCCGUGCUGCUGGUGGGGUAUGGGACACGUGAUCGCACCCCCUUCUGGGCCAUCAAAAACAGCUGGGGCAAGAACUGGGGCGAGCAGGGCUACUACUACCUGUACCGGGGCAGCAGAGCCUGCGGGAUGAACACCAUGUGCAGCUCAGCUGUGGUGGACUAGACACUGCAGGACCUCCCCGCCCCACCUCCCUGUGAAUCCCCCCCUCUGUGUCUUGCUACACUGCCCACAGUCACUGCCCUGGCCCCCAGCUUCCCUAGAGCAUAGGAGAGGGACUUGAGAAGGGGGAAGGGCCCUGGCUAAGCUGGGGGAGAUGCCACAGUGUGGAAAUGCAAAGGGGGUGGGGGAGAGACUUAACUUGGGGCUGGCUGAUCAGCAGGAUGGGGGAGGCUGGGCCAUGCCAGCAGGGGGUGCUCAUGCAUGCAUCUUGAGCCCAGCAGGGAGCCCUGGUCUGCCCCCUGCCCUGGAGAAUGCCACCCAGCAAGAGCUGGGCUAGGAUUUCCACUGCAGAAUUUGUCCUUAUGGGCCAUCUCCCAGGGCUGCAUCUUUGCAAGCUUUCCCACUGCUGAGGCUCUUGGCUUUCCCCCCCGCCAGCUGAGGUCAGUGGGACAGACUUCGUGGGGUGAAAGGCCACCUAGAGUGGGAUGCUGGAGGCACUGGAGCUGCACCCUAAUCUAUGCUCCAGUCCCUUGGGCCUCCUCCAGCCAUGGGUCUGUGCAAUACCCUGGAACGAGGUGCCGCUCAUCUCGUGUUCCUCCCCCUGCCCCGCUGAGCUGGAACCAGGGGUCCUGGCUCCCAGCACCAGGGUUGCUUUUCAACCCAUGCUCCGAAGGCAGCUCGCUCUCUGCUGGCAGAGAAACGAUCCCACCCCCCCAGGUUUGCUUUCGUUGGUGGAUUCAACACAGUCCCUGCCAGCUGUGCCUGUUCCCAUCAGGCUGGGGGGGAGGGCACUUCACUAAUUUCCAUCCUUGGCCUUAAUUCUGAUAUGCUGCCCCUAGCUGGAGCUGCUGCUUCUCUCUGGAACAAGGGCUGGGCCUGCUGGUUUCCAUUUUUCUAUCCUGCCUGGCUGGGUCUAUUACAGGGAAUCACUAAUGAUUAGCCUAAAGAUGGGGCAUUAAGCCCAUGAUACUGACCAGUCUCUAGAUUCCGCACCCCUCCCCCCAAAAAACAUUUUUGCUCCCAUCUCAUGUCUUGGGGCAAGGGUUUAAAAAGCUUCACUUUUGGGGGCGGGACCUUGGAGGAGCCUGGGUUUGCAAAGGACAGGCCCUUGGGUCACACCCCCGCCCAGCUGUGGCUUUUGGAAAACAGGAAUUGCAGUGUGCCAGAUUCUCCUGGCUCUCAGGGAAACACAGGCUGCUUUGAAGGAUCGGACACUAGACUGCAGGAUACAGCCAGGUUCGGCCCUAAACCAAGUGGUUCCUCCUGUGAGAAGCAGCUUCGGGGCCCCCCCUCCAUUCGUUAAACUUUUGAAGACUUUACAGCACCCCAAGCCCAGCAUCCCAGGCGAUUGCCCACCCCUAAAUCCAGCCCUGGGUACAGCCAGCUACUGCUUAGCUGGGAUUUCCUCCCCUGGCUCUCCAUGGGCUCUCCUUUCACUACCAGUCCUCCCUCUGGGCUCCCCUUACAGGGCAGAGCAGAAGAAAAGCUCCCUUAUAUUCCAGAGCUCAGCCCUGGCACCAGCUCGCAUGUGAGCAGGGCUGGCCAGCCAGGGAAGCUCUCUUGGAGGCAGCAGUUCUCCGGGAGGGUGGGGGAAAUGCAGCUUGGAGCACUGCAUGCUGGGAGUUGUAGUCCACCCAUGUCACACGGCUCUGAGCUAUGAGAAUCCAGCUAUCCUUUAAUGCCAAACUGGCUUUCCCAGGUUCCCAGACAGGAGCGUUAAUAUUCUCUCUGGAGCUGGUCAGAAAAUGUUUGUUUGGUUUUUUAGUGAAAAGAUCUGAUUUUUUUUUUUGCAAGAACGCAAAAAAAAAUUGAUUCCGCCAAGCUGGGCUCCUUGGUCAGACUACAUCUCCCAUGAUGCAUUAUAGUUGCUCCUCUUGCUGGCUAGCCCCAGUGCCUCAUGGGAAUUGUAGUUUAGGUGCUUCUUGUGCCCAUUCUCCUCUAUAGACUGGGAUCCUUCCUCAGACUAACUUCCCAUGGUACACUGUGCUCUCCCCUUUUGGGGAGGCAAAGUUGGUGUAUCAUGGGAGAUGUAGUCUGGGGAACACCAUCUGUAUAGGAGAACAGGGACAUGAGUCAACUGAACUACACUCCACUGUGGGAUUGUGGUAGCCUGUGGGAACUGAAAUAUUUAAUUGCCAAACUAUUUUGAUUGCCGGGUGUUUGGGGGUUUUUUGACACAGAAGGAAAAAAAAUAGAUUUUUUUCCACCAAAACCAGAUAGUUUUCACAGAAUAUUCCUGUAGGUGAAAACAUAAUUUCCUGCAGGAAAAACAGGUGGGUCAGACCAUUUUUGCCCAGCCUAUAUGCUGCCUCCAUUGCAGCCGUGUCACUUCCCAUGCAGGGGGUGGGCAGGUGCAGUCUACACCUGACCUCCUGGCUUCUGCUUCCAGCUCUGCUGCUCCCAUGCUGUGUGGUCUGUGGGCAAGUCCCUUCUCCUUAGCUGUACAGCAAACAGGGGCUAUUCCCCCCUCCCCAGCAAACAGGGGCUAUACCCCUCCCCCACAGUGGGGUGCAAAUUCAUAUAGGAAGCCCUUUGCUCAGGCAAAGUGUUAUUGUCAGAGUAGGAGAUCAAAGUUGGGGAGGAUGUGGGGGAAGCCCUGUGGCUCCCUAUAUCUCCUGCCCCCUUUCCCCCCACCCCCGCCCCAGCACUAGUUUAAGUCCAUGGUAGGAGAUGGUUGAGUAGGCCUAGCUGUGAUCUCGCUGCUAAAACCAUUCUGUUACUUUGGAUUCUUUAUGUUUUGCAAAGCCGCACGUAGUACAGGUUGGGGGCUGUGAACUAACGCUGAUAGAGGCUCGCUGCAGUAUUUCCCCUCGCGGGGCUCCUUGAUCAAACGCACUUUGAAAAUGGAUUUGCACAAGGCAAGGGGGCAGUAGCCGUUUGUGAUUCUGCUUUACGCCUGCCCGGGAAGGAUCUAGUCCUUCCAGUGUGUUACUGAGUGACUGGGGUUUUAGUGCCAUACGGUACCUCAGCACCAGCCCAGAUCUCUCCUAAGCAAUAAAGAAAAGCCUGCUGGUGGUUGGGUUUUUUCCUCUCCGCUCUGGAAACUCAGGACUGAAUUAGCUGAUCCGGGUUCCUGGUCAAGGGCUGAAAUGGCACAGAAAGGGGGCUGGAGCUCUGAUCCUGUGUGGGACCGAACCCCUGCUUAAAAGAACAGGGACUAGACUACAGCAGGGAAGCUGUAUGUACCGGUAGGAGGAAAGUUCAGCGUGCCAUGGCCUACCUCCCUGGCAUGGGAGGAGCAACGGGCUAAGGUUUGUUAAGCACUUUGCGUUUGGAGGAUGCUGUUACAAGCGGAGGAGCGGGAUGGGGCGAGGUUUUUUGGGGGGCAAAGCUGGAUUUUCCCCUUUGUCAUUUGCAUGGAGAAAAAUUCUGCAGUUUCUUGUAACAGAAAAAUGUGAAGGGCUGUUCUGUGGGAGGGAGGGCAGGCUGGGCUUGCCACAGAGCAGUUGUAGCAGGAGCUCAGAGCGAUGCUGUAGGGUUUGCUGUUCCUUGAUCUGUGUUCUACACUAAUAAUAAAUGAUGAACCUGG